AUGAGCGAUAGCGACAUCAAUAGCACUAGUAGUAGUAGUAGCAGUAGCUGUAGUACUGACCCAGAACAAGAAGAAUUAAUGCAAAGGAUUCUUCAAAAUGCUGAAUAUAUGGAUCACAAUACCAUGAUCUUAGUGUUGGCAUACUUGCUGAUUAAACGGAGGCGUUUGAGGAGAUGUGAUGACACUACAAGUGAUGAAGACGAAGAGGAGGAAAAUCAACAUGGAAUGUCUUCUCAAGUAGCUUUACACAACGGAAACUCAGCAUUGCAAAGUAGACAAGUUACAACCCGGGCCACGAACCAAACUUCUCAAAGAACCAAUUCAAGACAAACUGCGCCAGCAAAGUUAUCAAAUGUGGCCAAGUCAACUGGAACAUCUGGGCAGUCCCAGUCAAGACUAAGAACAGCAGAGGCAGGAACCUCGAGACCAAUACUGAAGCAGCAAGGACCGAGCAGAAGUCAAAAUAUACUCAGUCAAAGGGGGCAACAUUCAACUGCCAAACAUGUGCCUCAGAGUUCUCAGCUUACAGUACAAAAUUUGGCAGCUCACAAUGCCAAAUAUUCAUCAAAACAUUCAAAUGACAAUAAAAGCAGAAACUCACCGCAGUUCACCUCACUGCAUCAGGGAAGUCGUACUACUACUAAUGCCAGAGAAACUUCCAAAAUAUCAUCCUUCAUGGGCGGGAUCCACAGACUACCGGAGAAAGGUGUCAAACGCGAGCAUGAGCAAGACGAUCAGUGCAAGAUUCCCGUACCGGUAUAA